AUGGAUACCAAAGGAAGACUUGUUGCAGGUUCUCACAACAGGAAUGAGUUUGUUCUCAUCAAUGCUGAUGAGGUUUCAAGAGUAACAUCUGUCAAAGAACUGAGUGGGCAGAUUUGCCAGAUCUGUGGGGAUGAGAUAGAGAUAACAGUGGAUGGGGAGCCAUUUGUUGCUUGCAAUGAAUGUGCAUUUCCUGUUUGCAGAUCUUGCUAUGAGUAUGAAAGAAGAGAGGGCAAUCAAGCCUGCCCUCAGUGCAAAACCAGAUACAAGCGCCUCAAAGGGAGUCCAAGAGUUGAAGGUGAUGAAGAAGAGGAUGAUAUUGAUGAUUUGGAGAAUGAGUUUGAUAUUUCAAGCAAUGAUAGGAGAGAUCCUCACCACAUUGCCGAGGCAGUUCUGGCUGCUCGCCUUAAUAUCGGACGGGGAUCCCACGUCCAUGGUUCAGGGAUUAGCACACCAGCAGAAUUUGACUCUGCCUCCAUUGCUUCCGAGAUCCCUCUGCUGACCUAUGGCCAAGAGGAUGUUGGGAUUGCCUCUGAUAAGCACGCUCUUAUUAUUCCCCCAUUUAUGAGUCGAGGAAAACGGGUUCAUCCAAUGCCGACCACUGAUUCUUCUAUGUCCUUUCCACCCAGGCCAAUGGAUCCUAAGAAAGACUUAGCUGUAUAUGGUUAUGGAACUGUUGCAUGGAAGGAGCGAAUGGAGGACUGGAAGAAGAAGCAAAAUGAAAAACUUCAGGUGGUGAAGCACCAAGGAGGAAAUGAUGGUGGAAACAAUAAUGGAAAUGAGCCGGAUGAUCCCGAUUUACCCAAGAUGGAUGAAGGCAGGCAGCCGCUUUCGAGGAAGUUACCCAUUCCUUCGAGCAAGAUAAAUCCAUAUAGAAUGAUAAUCUUACUCCGUCUUGCAAUUCUUGGCCUCUUUUUCCACUAUAGAAUUCUCCAUCCAGUCAACAACGCAUAUGGAUUGUGGUUAACAUCUAUAAUAUGUGAAAUUUGGUUUGGCUUGUCGUGGAUAUUGGAUCAGUUUCCUAAGUGGUAUCCGAUUGAGAGAGAAACAUACCUUGAUAGAUUAUCACUCAGGUAUGAGAAAGAAGGGAAGCCAUCUGAGUUGGCCGAUCUAGACGUAUUUGUUAGUACUGUUGAUCCUCUUAAGGAACCUCCACUUAUCACAGCAAACACAGUUCUGUCCAUCCUCUCUGUAGAUUAUCCAGUUGACAAAGUUGCAUGCUAUGUCUCUGAUGAUGGUGCUGCAAUGCUCACUUUUGAAGCCCUCUCAGAGACAUCUGAGUUUGCAAGAAAGUGGGUUCCAUUCUGCAAGAAGUACAGUAUUGAACCCCGGGCCCCAGAGUGGUACUUUGCACAAAAAGUUGACUAUUUGAGAGACAAAGUAGAUCCGACAUUUGUCAGGGAACGUCGAGCCAUUAAGAGAGAGUAUGAAGAGUUCAAAGUUAGGAUAAAUGGGUUGGUCGCCACAGCACAGAAAGUUCCCGAGGAGGGUUGGACGAUGCAGGACGGGACUCCAUGGCCUGGGAACAAUGUCAGGGAUCAUCCUGGAAUGAUUCAGGUUUUCCUUGGGCAAAAUGGUGUUCGUGAUGUGGAAGGAAAUGAAUUACCACGUCUGGUUUAUGUGUCCCGUGAAAAGAGACCAGGUUUUGAUCAUCACAAAAAAGCUGGGGCUAUGAAUUCUUUGGUACGGGUGUCAGCAAUCAUCUCAAAUGCUCCUUACAUACUGAAUGUUGAUUGUGAUCACUAUAUAAACAACAGCAGAGCACUUCGUGAAGCAAUGUGCUUCAUGAUGGACCCCACGUCAGGAAAGAAAAUCUGUUACGUACAAUUUCCUCAACGAUUUGAUGGGAUUGAUCGUCAUGAUAGAUACUCAAAUCGCAAUGUUGUAUUCUUUGAUAUCAAUAUGAAAGGUUUAGAUGGUAUCCAAGGACCCAUAUAUGUUGGAACUGGUUGUGUCUUCCGAAGGCAGGCACUGUAUGGAUAUGAUGCUCCUACCAAGAAGAAACCACCAGGGAAGACUUGUAAUUGUUUGCCAAAAUGGUGCUGCUGGUGUUGUGGAUCUAGAAAGAAGAACAAAAAAGCAAAGUCAAAUGAUAAAAAGAAAAAGAACAAGGAUGCUUCAAAGCAGAUACAUGCACUAGAAAAUAUUCAGGAGGGAAUUGAAGGAAUAGACAAUGAAAAGUCAUCCCUAAUACCCCAAAUAAAAUUUGAGAAAAAAUUUGGACAGUCGCCGGUUUUCAUUGCUUCUACACUCAUGGAAGACGGUGGAGUUCCGAAGGGAACAAGUUCGGCAUCACUCUUGAAAGAAGCCAUCCAUGUCAUUAGUUGUGGCUAUGAAGAUAAAACAGAAUGGGGGAAGGAGGUUGGGUGGAUAUAUGGCUCUGUUACAGAGGAUAUCCUAACGGGCUUCAAGAUGCAUUGCCAUGGCUGGCGAUCCGUGUAUUGCAUGCCCAAAAGGCCUGCAUUCAAGGGUUCAGCCCCUAUAAACUUAUCUGAUCGGCUUCACCAGGUGCUUCGGUGGGCGUUGGGAUCUGUUGAAAUAUUAUUGAGCAGGCACUGUCCAAUUUGGUAUGGAUAUGGGUGUGGUUUGAAAUGGUUGGAGCGCUUUUCUUAUAUAAACUCGGUUGUCUAUCCUUUGACAUCUAUCCCCUUGCUUGCCUACUGUUCCUUGCCGGCUGUCUGUCUCCUUACUGGGAAAUUCAUUGUCCCUGAGAUUAGCAACUAUGCCAGUAUCCUUUUCAUGGCUCUCUUUUUAUCCAUCGCUGCAACUAGCAUACUUGAGAUGCAGUGGGGACAUGUUGGCAUACAUGACUGGUGGAGGAAUGAACAGUUCUGGGUCAUUGGUGGUGCGUCAUCACACUUUUUCGCACUCAUCCAGGGUCUGCUCAAGGUUUUGGGCGGAGUUAACACAAACUUCACUGUCACAUCUAAAGCAGCGGAUGAUGGAGAGUUUUCUGAUCUAUACCUCUUUAAGUGGACGUCACUUUUGAUCCCUCCCAUGACCUUAUUGAUCAUAAACAUUAUUGGAGUCGUCGUUGGGAUUUCUGAUGCCAUCAACAAUGGUUACGACUCAUGGGGUCCUCUCUUUGGUAGGUUGUUCUUUGCCAUAUGGGUCAUUGUCCAUCUUUACCCAUUCCUAAAGGGUUUGGUGGGAAGACAGGAGAGACUCCCCACAAUCAUUGUGGUCUGGUCAAUUCUUCUCGCAUCGAUCUUCUCUCUAUUAUGGGUCCGAAUCAACCCAUUUGUAUCAAAAGGUGGUAUCGUAUUAGAAGUUUGCGGGCUGGAUUGUGACUAA